AUGAGGAGAAGAGUUGUUUAUCAAUAGUGAAGAGAGCUAAUGAGCCGACUUGUUUUGCUCUCAGGGAUGCUCCAAGUCCACAAACAGUGUGUCUGACAGUGACUCUCGUUAUUAAAGCCUUGUGUUACAAAUAAAUGGCGUGUUUUCAAACAAACAUUCAACUUACAUCAAUACCAUGGCCCCUGAUAUGAGACACUUUACAUGAAAUGAGCCUUAGUAUGUUUUCAUACACAUAAUAAGACAGUAAAGAAAGUGUGUAUAGAUUCCUGUUAUGCUACCAUUAAGUCAAAACCUGCUUUUGUCUUUGACGAGGUGCCUGCUGUGUGCUCGAGCCCCCUUCCCAUUGUUUACUGUAGCACCCACUGUUCAAAAUUAGAGAUCCUGUUCUGUCCAACAUAAAGCUGCAGGAAGUUUUAAACAAAGCACUACUCUUAGUCCGGCCGCUAGAGAGCUGUUGAGAUUUGUGGGAUUUUCCUUAAAGGAGCAGAAUCAAGUUUUGCUGAUAGCAGACAUCAGGCAGAGGAGCCAGCACUAGAGGGCAGCUGCAUGUCUGACAAUAUAUAGAUCUGCUGUCAAUGCAGAAUCACUCUCCAAACGGUGUCUGUCACAGUCUGGACUCCCUCAGGUCAAAUUCAGGAAGAGAAAGAAGAAGUGACUCUUAACAGCUUGAUUUUGAUUUUGGGCCUAAAUGUCAGCUCAUGUCAGGGAUGUCCUCUCUGAGGACAACAUCCCACAGCUGUAAUUAUCCCCCUCUUGAAUGAUUUCUGGAUCUGUAUUUGACAACAAGUCACGGUGAUGUCGUGCGUGCGCUCAUAGUGUGUUUUCCCUUGAUGUAUCCAGGAGCAGCCGACACACACGCCCCAGUACAUUUCCAUGAGAACAUGACCUCCCCUCAGAGACAACAAAAGCUCUCCUUACAGAAUAGUCAAAUGCUGAAUAAAGGGGAGCAAAGGAAUGGGCGUCCACUGCUCGACAAUGAGUCGGACAAUGCUGCUAGUCUCCAAGUCUUUGUGUGAAGUCUGUAUAAGUUUUCCUGAGGCAGCGUUACAACUGAAUGGUUUGGAAGAAGUGUGGGUGGACAGAAAAUGUGUUGGAUAACCGAAAGAGGCCUGUAUCUUGGCCUUUGCACACAUGUUAGAUAACACAAUUUAAUCUUGUCUUUAUGACCAAUACGUGGCACAGUCGCUGAUAGGCUUUACACCUUUACUCUACAUUUAGAUAUAGACAUUAUUAUUAAAACUCCCAGCCUCCCAGUCUACACACAUUCACGUCUUAUUUUUUCCAUUGCUUCCCACUCUGCCUUGUGCAGCCAGUCUGGCUAAACCUGUACAAGAACACGCGAUCCAGACAGGCAGGUAUGACAGCUGCAGCCUGGGCAGGGGGCGGACACCUGUGGCUCACUGACAGUCCUCCACUUAAUUUGCAUUCACAACAAAAAACUUGAUUUUCUAAGCAUCAAACUCUUUACGUUUUGAAUUUUCACUGUUAGCGGAUGGUGGUCUGAUCGAUGAGGUCGAAACAACAACUCACAUUCUUUCAGGUGGAGACCAUGACUGAGAAACAUUCAGACAUAAUUAAGACAGUAUCUUAAUUGGGAGGGUUAUUUCAGGAAGACUAGUCUGGAAUUACUCAAGAUAUUAUCAUUGAACCUUAAGCUUUCCUCCAUGUGAUUGUGCCUCAGAUGGAGAAACAAGCCCUCUUGCUAUCAGCCUGUUGUCAUAAAAGCACAACUCAGGACAGAUAAUGAAAAAGAUAAUUUUGCGGCACCUGUGGAUCAGCAUUCAGAACAUAUCUCAUAUAUCUCAACAUUUAUCAGUGAUCAAACUUGCUAGAUGUAUAGUAUCAUUUGUAUAUUGUCUACUUUACUUUUUUUUUAUUUAUAUCCUUAUCUUUAUCUCUUGUUUCCAUUCAUGCUACAUUUCGUUUUCUACUUUGCACAGAGCAUCUGGAACAAAAACAAUUUCCCCCAGGGGUUUGAUAAAGUAUUCUGAUUGUGAUUCUGAUUCUGAUAGUUCUGUCUAUAUGCAAGGCCACUUCCUGUCUUGUCUGAUCCUGAUUGAUUGCAAAACAUCCCAUCAGCUGGCUGGAUGUGUUAUUGGCAGUCUGGUACGUGGGUGGAGUCGGGUGAGAGUGAUCUAUUUAGCUCCAAGCAUUUUUUUUCUCACACUCACCUGGAGAACCAAGAGACGACCGUCUGAAAACCUGCUGACAGUAUUAGUGUGGGAGCUUCUCUGUGGGUCUGACAAUGUCUUCUGAUAGUGCCUUGGAAGUGUAUAAGGAGAUGCUCCUGGUGUACCUGGAGGAGGGCCGGCGACAGGUCAACUCCCGCUGCGCGGAACUGGAGCCAUGGCAGAUCAUCGGAGCCACUUUCAUCACCACGCUGGGAGCAGUCUGGAUCAAAGGCUUCCUCUUCCAGCAUGAAAGUCUCAAGUCCCGAAUCAAGAAGCAGUGCUUUCGACUCAUCAGAAAAAUACCCUUUGUUGGGGGGAAGAUUCAGAGCCAGCUCAACAAGGCUUUGGAUGACAUGUCUGCCAGUCUCUGCACUCUGAAGGAGGGGAUGAGCUACACUAAACAGCUGCCCUCUAAAGGCCUCUCUCAGAGCCAAGUGCUGGAUAAAAUCAGAGAGUACGAGACUCUGAAUGAGGUGCAGUGGGAGAACGGAUGUGUUUCAGGUGCAGUCUACUGGGGCGAUGAAACACUGACCAAGCUUCUGGUGAAGGUAUAUGGAGAUUUUGCAUGGAGCAACCCGCUUCACCCGGACAUCUUCCCUGGUGUAAGAAAGAUGGAGGCAGAGGUUGUCAGAAUGUCUUGCACACUCUUCCAUGGUGGACCUAACUCUUGUGGCACAGUUACUUCAGGGGGAACUGAGAGCAUCCUGAUGGCCUGCAAGGCUUACAGAGACAUGGCGUAUGAACGAGGUGUCAAAUACCCCGAAAUUCUUGCUCCUGUAAGCGUCCAUGCAGCCUUUGACAAAGCAGCACAUUACUUUGGGAUGAAGCUCAUUCACAUUCCCCUGGACAAAAAAACUAUGAAAGUCGACGUGAAGGCAAUGAAGAGAGCCAUCACCAAGAACACCGCCAUGCUCGUGUGCUCAGCGCCUCAGUUUCCUCAUGGAAUCAUGGAUCCCGUUGAGGAAGUUUCAGAGCUGGCUCUACGUUACAACCUCCCGCUGCAUGUGGAUGCCUGUCUGGGAGGUUUUCUCAUUGUCUUCAUGGCCAAGGCUGGUUACAAACUCGCCCCGUUUGACUUCAGGUUAAAAGGUGUUACCAGCAUUUCUGCAGACACCCACAAGUACGGUUACGCCCCCAAAGGUUCUUCAGUGAUCCUCUACAGUGAUAAAAAGUACCGUCACUACCAGUACUUUGUAGCUCCAGACUGGCAGGGGGGAAUCUACGCCUCGCCCUCUGUUGCUGGCUCCAGGCCAGGAGGAAUCAUCGCUGCCUGCUGGGCCACUAUGAUGCACAUGGGAGAGAAUGGAUACAUCGACGCAACCAAGAAGAUCAUUAGCACAGCACGCAAAAUCAAAGCAGAAAUACGCAAGAUAAAAAGCGUGACUGUGUUUGGAGAUCCAGAGGUGUCGGUGGUGGCAAUAGGCUCAGAUGUUUUUGAUAUUUUCCGCCUGUCUAACGCACUGACGACAAAGGGCUGGAAUUUGAACACACUGCAGUACCCAUCCAGCAUCCACAUCUGUUGCACAGUUCUGCACACGCGGCCGGGUGUCGCUGACCGGUUCAUCCGUGAUGUCCAAGAACAGGUUGCCAUCAUCAUGAAGAACCCCAAAGAGAAGACCACAGGAAUGGGAGCGAUCUACGGCAUGGCCCAGUCCAUCCCAGACAGAUCCAUGGUGACGGAGAUCUCCCAAGGUUUCCUGGACUGUCUCUACAGCACUGAGGUGGCCAAGUCAAACAACAGCCACAUGAACGGUAACGGCAAAGCCCACUGAAGCAGGACUGGGCCAUCCCAGCCCGAACCUGUCGCACGCAGAGGAACACGCUUGCCUCCUCCCAGAGUUAAUCGCUCAAUGGUUGCCUUAUCUUGCAUACGUACAGCAUUUGGAAAAAAACAUCUGCAAAGAUCUUUGAAGCACAAGCCAUCGUCAUUUGAAUAAGCCCAGAGUGGUGUGAGAGAAGAAAUGACUGGUUCCAAACAUGUUUUAGUCUUUUAAUUUUUUGUUAUCAAUGUAGUGGAUGUGUGUAAGUUUGUGUGUGUUUUUUUUUUUGUUUGUCUGUUUAAAAAGUCCAUUUCAAUUUUAGCUUUCUUUAAAUGAAUACAUCUGUCAUAAUCUUUUUUGUCAUAACAUUUCAGCAUGCUUCACUCUGUGAUGAAUCAGCAGAAACACAGACCACUGAAAGCUUGUUAGAAGCGCUGUGCUGCCCUCUAGCAUGGCACGUGACGUACUGCUCUCGACCGGCUUUACAUGUGGAAGCCUGUCGAAGGUGUUAUCAUGUACUAGUUCUCUGGAAAACAGCAUUUAUACUGUAAAAGCACUGCAAAGCCCUGACAGGAGCAUAUCAGGUUAAUCUGUAAAUCACUUGAAACUGCAAUUCUGAUGUAGUGGUAGAAGUUUGUCUGUAAGCAUGAUCGUGCAUGUCCUUGUCAGCACUUGAUGACAUUCAUUUAGUUUUACGUCUGCAUUCGUGUUCCAUCGAAGUGUUUGGAUUAGUAGGCAGAGGGGAGAAUGAAUAGCAUUGUGGGAGAUUUUAUUUCCAUUAAUAUUCCAUUUAAUUAUCUUUAGAUUUAAAUUGGGAGAAGUUGCAACUUGGGCAUGAAUAUCUUGAAAGUGGCUUUCGGACUUAUGGUUAUUUUGUUGUUUGUUUUACAAAAAAGAAAAAGGGCUUCUUUUUUUCAUGCAGUAGCUGAAACACAUGAAAAAGUGUAACAUCCUUUAACAGACUGGACUGAAGACUGAAUUCCAACCCUGGUCUAUAACUUAAUAUUUCCUUUAAAGUCACCUGUGUACCACUUUGUUUUAAUAUUUUGUCUCCUAAUUCAAUCUACCUCAGUCUGUACUCAAUGCAAAUAUCAUUUAUUCAUCCAUUGAAACACAUUCUAACAGGGCAGCCAUUUCUGACAUUAUUAGCUUUACAUUGUUUAGGUAUUUGACUGUACUCGAAGUGUUAUUAGACACUGAAACUGAAAGAAAAUAGAGUCACUGUGAUGGAGGUUUUCCUUGGAAGGACUCAUUCCCUUCUCAGUCUGAUAAAUGGAUAUAUUCAGUUAAAUAUCCAUUCAGCAGGAUAUUUACACAUUAACUAACAGGUUGACAACUUAAUGACACAUAUUCUAACACCAAAAGGACCUUUUAUCAUUCUUUUCUUUCUUUCCUAACAUUGCUUGUUGAAAUUGUGUGUUUCCAUGAAAUUAUUUCCAUGUCUGUGCAAUACGUAACUUUUCCUUUUUAUGAAGUGAAAUGAAGGGGAAUUCUCUAUUACUGUUUAAGAGGUAAAUCAUUAGAAGCAUAGCAUGAUAGCAUCAGCCUUGUUAGAGUAAUUUAACCAAUUGUGUGACCACUGGGUGUUUUAUUAAUCACUCUAAUUUGUGAGUCUGUUUUGUGACUUGUGUUUUCAAGUUUAAAGAGAUUAGGUGUGAAUGUAUGUAGGGUCUUUCAUGUGCGGGGGAUUUUUUUUGUUGCAUCAAAGAAAGAGGAUGCAACACCCCCACAAACGAUCAUCAUCAUUUGUCCAUUCAUCCUUAAAUACGUUGCCCUACAGGGUGUGGGAGCCCAUGCAAAAAAAGCGACUUUGCCAAUAAUGAUCCAUCCCAUUUGUAAAAAUCGUGAUGAUUGAAUGACCCAAAAAAGUCUCCUUUGAUUUAAAAAUUAUCUGUCUUAUCCCUCUUUAGAUAUUAUCUGAAAGUGACUACACUCUUGCAGGUCUGCAGAGAAAAUUUAUCCUGGUCUGUGUUGUUGUAGGUUUGGUGACAUUAUGUAGCAAUAAUGAGCGUUCACCUCUGUGCCUUCAGAGGUUUGAACUCAUGAUGUCAUAGCAGAUUUUCCUCAGGGAAUUGGCUCCAUAACAGUGGCAUAAUUGAAGGUCCACUGGCCUUUCAGACAUACACAGGUUGGACGUUGACCUUCAAGUAUAAUGCAAUCAAAUGACAUCCUUACGUCAGUCUUAAAAUGUUUAAUUUUAGUACUGGAUUGCAUUAUCUUUCAUGUUUCCUUUAUGACUAUUAUCCACCACUACUGUACACUGUCAUCAUGCGAGGCUCUGAAUGUAAAAAGUUUAAAGAUUUUUGUUUAAUCUCUGUUCAUGUCAGACUGCAUCCUUGUUUAGCGAAUGUAUUUUAAGUUAGGAAGCACCUGCUGCUUCUUUUUUAGAAAAUGAUGCAUAGUAAACGCUGUUAACCCACUUAGAGCAGUUGACACAGUUGCACUCUUCGCUGACCACAGCAGAUGUCUAUGUUGUUGUGUUUUCAAUAAAAUGCAUUCAGUCUGA